AUGGUUUUACUUCAACAAUUAGAGCAAGGGAUGCGUCCCCUUUCGCGGUGUUACAAUCCAACGGCGUAUUCAACAACAAUGGGAAGAACUUUCUUCAAUGGCGGAGCCACAAGCAGCAACUUGUUCUCAAGAGGUUUUUCAGCUGCAAAGCCAAAAUCAAAAACCGUAUCUAAAGAAGUCGCUGCAAAGAAACAUAGCGAUGCAGAGAGAAGAAGAAGGCUUCGGAUUAACUCCCAAUUUGCAGCUCUCCGCACCAUUCUUCCAAACUUGACCAAACAGGAUAAAGCAUCCGUUCUAGGAGAGACUGUUAGGUACUUUAAUGAGUUGAAAAAGAUGAUUAAGGAGGUACCAACCACACCAGCUUUAGAAGACAACUUGAGAUUAGGUCACUGUAACAACAACAGAGACAUAGCGAGAGUUGUGUUCAGCUGUAGCGACAGAGAAGGGCUAAUGUCGGAGGUUGCAGCGUCGAUGAAAGCAGCGAAUGCAAAGGCGGUGAGAGCUGAGAUCAUGACAGUAGGUGGAAGAACCAAGUGUGCCUUGUUUCUUCAAGGUGUGAAUGGGAAUGAAGGGUUGAUUAGGCUCAAGAAAUCAUUGAAACCUGUAGUGAAUCGUAAAUCAUCAUCAUCAAUAUUAAUGGCGAAACACAACAACAAUGGAGGAUCGUUCUUGACUCAGCAGCAAUGA